AUGUCAAACAUUGACUUGCACAGACUUGAGCUCUACAAAAGCAUCAUGAGCAGUUGCGGUUCAGGCACAUUCUGUAACAACUCUGAGCUGAUUUUUCAAAAUAUGAGUAUUUACAACUGGCUGGAGUUUCCUAAUCCUCCCCACUGGCUAAGGAUUGUCAUCUCUGUGGUCUACUUUAUUGUGGCUACAGCUGGAAUACUGGGGAACUUGUUAGUAAUGUUCCUCCUCUACUCUACUCACACCAUCACCACAGGCAAUAUCAAUUUCUUUGUUUUUAACUUAGCUGUGGCUCAGCUAAUGUUUUCGCUGGCGUUACCAUUUUGGGCUGUUGAUACUGCGCUGGACUAUAGCUGGCCCUUUGGCUUGGGCACAUGUAAGGCCGUGUCCCUAUUCACUGGGCUGAAUGUGUUUGCUAGUUGCUUUUUCCUCACAGCUAUGAGUUUGACUCGUUACUGCUAUGUGGCAACUGCUCUCAAACCAGGCGCUUCCUUCUGCAGCAGAUCCUGGACUUUCCCGCUGGCCACAGCUUUUAUUUGGGCCGGAGCGCUCAUUUUGGCCGUACCCCGAGCCGUGUUUGCGGAACUGAAAAAUGUGGGCCUUGGCAACGACACAAUAUGCCUGCUCCGUUUCCCUGUUACAACAUGGCUUGAAGUAAACCACCUCCUGCGAGUUGUGCUGGGAUUUCUGCUGCCCUACACCAUUAUCAUCCUCUCCUACCUGCUUCUGAUGCGCUUCCUCUGUCGGCAUAAACUGAAAGGCAGCAACACUCGGCGAAAGACUGAUAUUUCAAAGUCAGUGGCAGUGGUGGUGUUUUCCUUCUGGGCCUGCUGGUUCCCAUACAACAUCCUCACGGUUUGGAGAGCCCUGAUUCAUUUUGACGUGGUUGAUAUCAGCCCCUCGUUCUACUCGGCUCAAGCGUACUUUUUCCCUCUGGCCAACUGUCUGGCUUUCACCAGCAGCUGCUUCAACCCCAUCAUCUACUGCCUGGUUAGAAAAGAGUACCGUGUGGCUCUCCUUAAUGUGCUUUUCAAAUUAAGUUUAGCCAUUACGUCCAAGGUGCCCUAUGGUGUAAAUUCUGAGGCGGGGUCAGGGCAAGCAGGCCAGCUGGGUAUUCCAGUCAACAGCAUUUUCAGCCACACGUCCCAAACUGACACGAGGAGAUACGUUCCUCUGUCAACACUGCCAACUGUAACCUCCACGCUGUAA